AUGCCUCAAAUGCCCCAACCUCUUGUUCAUAAAAAAGCCGAGAUGGAACUUCGCGUUGGCAAUAAGUUUCGCCUCGGACGCAAGAUCGGUAGCGGAUCAUUCGGAGACAUCUAUCUUGGCCAGAACAUUCAAACCAACGAGGAAGUUGCUGUGAAACUAGAAUGCGUCAAAUCGAAACAUCCACAGCUCCACAUCGAGUCUCGUUUGUACAAGAUCAUGCAUGGCGGAAUCGGAAUACCGGAGGUUCGCUGGUGCGGAUUGGAAGGCGAUUACAAUGUGAUGGUGAUGGAAUUGUUGGGUCCUUCUUUAGAAGACUUAUUCAACUUCUGUCAACGGAAGUUCACGUUGAAAACCGUUCUGCUUCUAGCCGAUCAGAUGCUAUCGCGUGUUGAAUUUAUUCAUAAUCGUGAUUAUAUCCAUCGUGAUAUCAAACCGGACAACUUCUUGAUGGGACUCGGGAAACGUGGAAAUCUUGUCUACAUAAUCGAUUUCGGAUUAGCUAAGCGGUAUCGCGACAACAAGAACCAACACAUCGUUUAUCGAGACAAUAAGAAUUUGACCGGAACGGCGAGAUAUGCCAGCAUCAACACUCAUCGUGGAAUUGAGCAAUCGAGAAGAGAUGAUAUUGAGUCGCUCGGCUACGUUUUUAUGUAUUUCAAUCGUGGAACUCUUCCGUGGCAAGGGCUCAAGGCGGUGACGAAGCGGCAAAAAUAUGAGUUGAUUUCGGAGAGAAAAUGCUCGACGAAGGUUGAAGAUUUGUGCUAUGGAUAUCCAGAACAAUUCAAAGACUACCUCAAUUACUGCCGAGCGCUCGGCUUCGAGGCAACACCAAACUACUCGGAAUUGCGAAACAUGUUCCGCAGCUUAUUUCAUCGACAGGGAUAUUGCUACGACUACGUGUUUGAUUGGAACACCUAUAGGCCAAAGCCGAUGAGAGCCACUGACAACGGUUUCUACUAG